CUGGCUCAGACUGGCGAUUGCUGCUCCCACACCCCGUCGCUUCCCAUUCCCCACCAGCUGCGAUCUACCACGCCACAGUUCACACACCUCGCCCUGUGAACUGCAGACUAUCGCUGUCGAUUUGCUGUCCAUCUGCUUUUUCAAGUUGAAGACACCAUCUGCAGAACCAAGGCUACCCAAGCUCGACAAUCGGGGACACAAGAGAGAUACUAUCCCACCCGCCUCAGAUCGCCAGAUCAGCAACAUGGCUUACGUCGAGUUGAGCCGGCGCGACAUCAAUGUCCUCGGAAAGAUCAAAGACCCGGAGUCGGAUCCCUCAUUGAUGGUCCAGGUCGACCCCACGCUCCCCAAGGACCCUCACGUUUCGAACCCAGAGGAGUACCAGAAAGUAUCUCAGGAGGAGCGCGACAUCAUCAUGUCUAUUCAGAAGCUCGAGAUGCGGCAGGCAGAACAACAAACCAGCGGAACGGCGGAUGUCGACAUCGCGGGGGAGUAUCGCGAGUGCGUCUCGAGGCUCGGGCAGCUCAUCCAAAAUUACCCGCAAUACGCCAGCGCUCGCAACAAUAGGGCGCAGGCGUUAAGGCGGUUAUACGGGGACUCGAUGCUCGUUGCCGACGCGCCAAGGAACCCGCAAGCGCUCCUACAGGAGCUCGGUGACAGCGAGCGGUUAGAGGCGGCCAAGACCGCUCUGAGCGACCUUGACCACGCCAUCUCCCUUCUCACGCCCAAGGUGGCAUAUUCCAGACUCUCCCCGCAGGUCGCCAGGACGCUUUCCAACGCCCACACCCAGCGUGCCGCCAUCUACCUCAUGACAUCCAAGCUGGUGGGUUCCAAGUCGGUUUCGGUGGAUGCUGCCCGGCCCGAAGGGGGCUGGUCCAAGUUGGACUUUGAGGAGCGUGCUUCACGGGAUUUCGCAAUGGGCGGCAGGUACGGCAAUGAGAUUGCGAAGGCACUGGCCGUAAGCACAAACCCUACGGCGAAGCUGUGCGGGCAGAUGGUGAGGGAGGCGAUGAGGAAAGAGUACGGCCCGGGUCUGGCCCCAUAAUAAUGUUGUUGGCUGGCAUAAGCGAGGGUAAGACUGAUUAUACGUUGUUUAUCAAAGGUUGAAUGUUCGGCUCAAGGGAAGCGGCGUUCGUUGUGUCGUCUGGGUCAUAUUUUCGA